AUGAAGACUUUAAGAAAAAAUAUUUUCAUGAAAUUGAAAAUGGCACAGUAUCAUCUAUAUUCGUCCACUAAUGAACCAGCAACCGUGGCCCGUUGUCAAAUAGAUUGUCUAAUUUCUGAGUAUGAAGCCCCACAACCGUCACACAAUCACAACAGUGCUAUCCCGUUUGCAAUUGAUUAUUCAUAUUUCAUCAACGACAUUUCGUCCAAACGACAGCCGUCUCAACUUCGAGAAAUUACGAGAGUGCUAGAGAAACUUCCACCAAACUGCAUAAAAUUCGGUGUCGGUGUACCGAACGUACUGACAUUUCCAUUCAAGAAGAUUAGCGUGGAAUUAAUUACCGGCGAGAAUAUUAAACUUCAAGGUAAAGAACUAUCUGAUGCCUUGCAAUAUCUGCCUUCGGUUGGAUAUCUGCCGUUGAUAAAUAUAUUGGAAGAAAUACAAGAUAGGUUUCAUGGACCUCAACAUUGGAAUAAAAGAAGUAUCAUUAUGACAUCUGGCGCACAAGAAGGAUUAUCCAAGGCCGUGGACAUGUGCAUGCGUUGCAACGACCCAGUGAUUAUGCCUGAUCCUGUAUAUACAGGAGCCGUUGACUUGUUCAGACCAUAUGAUGCUGAGAUCAUACCGAUAGUACAAGAUUCUUGUGGUAUAGUCGUGGAAGAAAUUGAGAAAGUUUUAGCUGAAAGAAAAAGAAAAAUGAUGCCGAUACCCAAAAUGAUUUAUGUGAACCCUACUGCAUCGAACCCUGCUGGAACUACAUUACCCACACAUAGAAAACGUGAAAUUUAUCGAUUAGCUUGUGAAUAUAAUAUGCUUAUUCUUGAAGACGAUCCAUAUUACUACUUACAUUUCGAAAAAGAAAAUCCUGUGAGUUUUUUGUCUAUGGACACGGAGGGUCGUGUGCUUCGAUUCGAUUCGUUUUCAAAAAUCAUGAGCUCUGGUUUACGUGUUGGCUUCGUAACCGGACCCAUAACGUUACUGCAUAGAAUGGAGCUACACAUGCAAACAUCAUCAAUGCACACUUCAUCAUUAUCACAAGUACUUUUAUACAAACUCCUAUCACAUUGGGGUGAAGAUGGUUUAAUUUCUCAUUUCAUGCAUGUCAAAAACUUUUACAAGCAAAAGUUGGAUUACAUGAUGUGUGCGAUUAAUAAACAUCUUCACGGAUUAGCUGAAUGGUACGAGCCAAAUGGUGGCAUGUUUCUGUGGUUGAAAAUAAUUGGACUGAACGAUGCCAAAAAACUAGUAACUGAUAGAUGUUUAGAUAAACUAAUAAUUUUAGCUCCUGGAUAUGCGUUAUCAGCCAAUAAUGAAAACCCAAGUCCCUAUAUUCGAAUUUCAUAUUCCAUUGCAUCACCAGAAGAUGUCGAUCGGGGAAUAUUAUUACUGGCGGAAGCCAUACGAGAAGAAUUGUUGGAGAAUAUCUGCUUAUAA